AUGUCUCUCACUUCCAUCCUUUCAGCUGAAGCCAUUGAAAAUGCUAUCAAGGACUGUCAAGCUCCGGAUACAUUCUGCUACAAAAAGUUUUUCAAGCUGUGUGGCCUCUCAUCAAAGACACCCCAGGAGGUCAAAAAUGUCUUCCAGAUCCUUGAUGAGGACGACAGCGGCUACAUCGAGGAGUCUGAGCUCAAGUUCUUCCUGCAGAGGUUUGUCCCUGGGGCGCGAACACUGACUGAUGCAGAAACCAAGAGCUUCAUCUCAGCGGCUGAUGAUGACAGUGAUGGCAAAAUUGGAGUAGAGGAAUUCCAGACUAUGGUCCUGUCCUGA